AUGACGCAAUUGACAUGCGACUCGGGACCCUGCGACAAAACGCGUGUUUGGAUCACGGGUGUCAAAGCGUCGAAACCGGCCACUUGAACGCCGUUGUCGAACUCGCGAGAUGGGUGAAAGCAGUCGGCCAUGCACCGUGUGGCUGGGCUCGGAAACGGGCAUUCUGAAGGGCGUCAGUGUGUCCCGUAGACAAGCCUUCAACUUCUGCAACAGCUCACAGCUGAGCCGCCAGCACGAGGUCCGGACACUGUGCUGGGCCGACGCGGCCGAGAGCGAGCUCCUGGUCGGCGCCGUAGACGGAACCAUCAAGACAUUCAGCGUGGAAAAGGGGGAAUUUACCAACUUCCGUACCUGCGCUGAUCCCGCCGAGGGCUCCUUCGUCGGGAUGGCGGUUUUGGACGGCGGCUCAACCCUGGUGACAUGCGUGGACAGUGGCGUGCUCAAAGUAUGGAGAGACGAAAGCUCCGAGCCCACCACGGAGAUCCGCGUGGGGAGCGACGUGGCCCGGAUGAGACAGAACACAGAGCACCCGCACAAGGUGGCAACCGGCGGGAAGGACAAUUGUCUCAAAGUGUGGGACCUCGAGAAGCCCGACAAGCCCGUUUUCACCGCUAAGAACCUGCGGAACGACUGGCUGAAUCUACAGCAGCCGCACUGGGUCAAAGACAUGGCCUUCAUACCAGGAUCCGACAAGGUGGUCACCUGCACGGGAUACCACCAGGUCCACGUGUACGACCCCUCCACACCCCAACGUCGUCCGGUCCUGGAGGUCACCUACGGGGAGUAUCCACUGACGUCAUUGUCUCUUCCUGCCACCGGAGGUUCGGUGGUGGUCGGGAACACGCACGGUCAGAUCGCUGUGCUGGACUUACGAAAAGGCCUGGUGCGGGGAUGCUUCAAGGGUCUCUGCGGGAGUGUGCGGGGUCUGCAGUGCCACGCCUCGCAACCCCUGGUGGCAUCUUGCGGCCUGGACCGCUUUUUGCGGAUCCACAGCCUGGAGGACCGGCGGGUGCAGCACAAGGUUUACCUAAAAUCCCGCCUCAACUGCCUCCUGCUCGCCAGCCGAAACUUGGAGGAUUUGGACGACGCCGGGGACGCCGGGCAGGAGGUUAAGGACGAGGACAACGAUGUGGACGAAGUAUGGGAUGCUAUGGUGCAAGUGAGGGAGCAAGAGGAGAAUCUCACGAGGAAAACAUCCGAGGAGGAAGGUGACAACUCCAAGAGGAAAGCAUUAGAGGAUGAGGAUUCCAAGAGUGCAACUUCUGAAGAGGAAAGAGAGAAUCCUGAGAAGGAAACACCAGAGGAGGAAGGUGACAAGUCCAAGAGGAAAGCACUAGAGGAUGAGAAUUCCAAGAGUGCAACUUUUGAGGAGGAAGGAGAGAAUCCUGAGAAGGAAACACCAGAGGAAGCGGAACAGCCGAAGAAGAGGAGGAGGAAAAGAAAGAAAGCUCAAGCCUGAGAGGCGUGUUAAGAGACAUUUGAAGAUAAAUGAUGUCGUGGGAGUGUUCCCUGGAGGAUUUGCAUCUGUUAUCAUUUUUUUUAACCUUCAUUAAAAUGGCCUUUUUGUCCAUUUUA